AUGGACAUUAGAAACGCACAAGUAGACUAUCGACUGGAAAUUGAACCGAAACUUUUUGUCUCCCACUCUUCGUUCGGUGAGGACGGCAUAGAUAAUAAAUGGUACACGAACCCGGUGAAGAAAAUUGAAGUCUCCGUCGAGGAAGGCGAAGUCGACGUCUUUUCGAAACGAUUCAAUCUCGGAGAGUAUUUAACCUUACAAGGUGUGGCGGGGUAUAAACAUAGACCAGAGGACCCGGAGGAUUCGAAGUUUUCGUUCAAUUAUAGAAUAGCGUCGAGGCAUUGGGACCAAGCGACAAAGAGUUUGAGGAAGUACGAGGUGAAGCCGCACGAAAGAGUCUCCGCGGCGGUCCGAUGGGACGUGAAGAAAAGAGCGCCCGAUGCGGAAGGAGUCAUAGAGAGUAAGCGAAAACCGAAGUUCGAUGUGGAUAUUGGAUGUUACCACGUGACGAUUCCUAGAAUUGAUUUUAAAAUUAUAGUCUGA